AUGGGAGGCACAAUACCGCCUGCUCCAGCCAAUGCCUCCACAGAGGAGACAAGUAAGGGCAAAGCAGAGGAACAGCCAGAGGAGCCAGUUAAAUCACCUGAACCAGAAAGUGAAGAGAGCGACUUAGAAAUUGACAAUGAGGGAGUGAUUGAACCAGACAAUGAUGACCCUCAAGAAAUGGGAGAUGAAAGUGUGGAGGUAACUGAAGAGAUGAUGGAUCAAGCUAAUGAGAAGAAGAUUGAAGCGAUAAAUGCUCUAAGUGAAGGUGAACUUCAGAAGGCUGUCGACUUGUUCACAGAUGCUAUCAAGCUGAAUCCUUGUUUGGCCAUCUUGUAUGCCAAGAGGGCAAGUGUUUUUGUGAAACUACAGAAGCCAAAUGCUGCCAUUAGAGAUUGUGACAGAGCCAUCAAGAUUAAUCCUGACUCGGCACAGACCUACAAAUGGAGGGGGAAGGCGCAUAGACUUCUGGGUCACUGGGAGGAGGCUGCUCAUGAUCUCGCAUUAGCUUGUAAACUGGAUUAUGAUGAAGAUGCCAGUGCCAUGCUGAAGGAGGUGCAACCAAGAGCUCAGAAAAUUGCAGAACAUCGCCGAAAAUAUGAGCGGAAGCGUGAAGAAAAGGAAAUCAAGGAGAGAAUGGAAAGAGUAAAGAAGGCACGGGAGGAGCAUGAGAGAGCACAAAGGGAGGAAGAAGCAAGACGACAGGCAGGAGGAGCUCAGUUUGGUGGUUUCCCAGGUGGCUUCCCAGGUGGAUUUCCUGGGGCUGCGCCCGGAGGUAUGCCAGGAAUGGCAGGUAUGCCAGGUCUGAAUGAGAUUCUCAGUGACCCAGAAGUCCUUGCAGCCAUGCAG